AUGGAUUCGAGGAGGCAUUUGGUGCUGUUUUUAUUGUUGAUCGAGUUGAUAUGUGUGGUGAGGUGCAAUGUGGUUUUCAAAGUUCAGCAUAAAUUUGGAGGCCGUGGGAAGGGGGUGGAGGCCUUGAGGGCUCUCAAGGCUCAUGAUUCUGGCCGCCAUGGCCGAAUGCUGUCAGCCAUUGAUUUUCAGUUAGGCGGCGAUGGGAAGCCUACAAAUGCAGCGCUCUAUUACACCAAGAUUUCUAUUGGGUCUCCUCCAAAUGACUAUUAUGUACAGGUCGAUACAGGAAGUGACAUUCUCUGGGUGAAUUGUAAAGACUGUGGCCAGUGUCCUACAAAAAGUGACCUUAAUAUCCCCUUGAAUCAGUAUGACAUAACGGCCUCAUCAACUGGCAAGAAAAUCAUGUGUGAUCAACAGUUUUGCAAUACUGUGUUCACUGGUCCAAAUUCAGAUUGCAAGGUUGGAAUGGCCUGUGCAUAUGCCAUCACUUAUGGAGACGGGAGUAAAACUGAGGGCUAUUUUGUCAAUGAUUACAUCAGACUUGAUCAAGUGUCGGGAAACUUUCGAACGACAACCAUGAAUGGGUCAAUCGCAUUUGGGUGCUCAUCUAAACAAUCUGGAGAUUUAGGUUCAUCCUCUCAAGCAGUUGAUGGAAUAAUAGGUUUUGGACAAUCGAACACAUCCCUUCUUUCACAGCUUGCUUUGUCUAAAAAGGUGAAAAAAGUAUUUUCACAUUGCCUGGAUGGAAGAAUUGGAGGUGGCAUAUUUGCUAUUGGAGAAUUGGAGCAGCCAAAAGUAAAUUCAAUACCGCUGGUCAAAAACGAGUCGCAUUACAAUGUUCUUAUGAAGGCAGUUGAUGUGGGUGGUCAAUCUCUAGACCUUCCAACAGAUUUUUUGGGCUUUGAUACCAAUGGAGAUACAAUUAUCGACAGUGGUACAACCUUGGCCUAUCUUCCAUCUGGCCUUUAUAAUCAGGUUAUUGAAAAGAUGAUGGCACAGCAACCUGAUCUGAAAAUUCAUUCUGUCGAGGAGCAGUUUAAAUGCUUUUGGUAUAAUGGGAAUGUUGAUGAUGGAUUUCCAGUCGUGACUUUUCAUUUUCAGGGCAAACUUCUUAUGCCAGUUUAUCCCCAUGAUUAUCUGUUCAAAGUUCAUGAUAACGAGUACUGUAUCGGUUGGCAAAGUAGUGGAAUGCAGUCAAAAGAUGGAAAGGAAUUGACUUUGUUAGGAGAUAUUGUACUAUCAAACAAGAUUGUUCUGUAUGACCUCGAAAAUCAGACCAUUGGAUGGACAGACUACAACUGUUCUUCAAGCAUCAAGGUGAAAGAUGACGCCUCAGGGAACGUAUAUUCCAUCUUGCAAGGAUUUUUCAUAGUGAUUUCUGUUACGGAUCCAAACACGGAAAAUCGGAGUUGUGACUGUGUUGCUGAUCUGGAGUGCAUACUGAAUAUAAUCAGGGCCCUAAGAAUGGGGUCCUGCUUGUCCGGGGAUAGCAGGAACCCCCAACCCGGUUCUCCUGUGGGGUUAAGGAAGAGAAAGGGCUCGAAGAAGAGGCUUGGGUCUCGAAAUUCGUCCUAUGACUAUAAGAGGGAGGAACUGCUACAUAGGACACCCGGGCGUAUGUUCUUGAAUGGAUCAAGUGAAAUUGCCUCACUCUUUACCCAACAAGGCAAGAAAGGAAUCAAUCAAGAUGCCAUGAUUGUUUGGGAGAAUUUUGGUUCAAGAACGGACACGGUCUUCUGUGGUGUUUUUGAUGGUCACGGCCCUUACGGUCAUAUGGUUGCUAAGCGUGUUAGAGAUUCUCUUCCUCUGAAGCUGAGUGCAAAUUGGGAAGUUAAUAUAAAGAGUGAUGAGGUUCUUCGGGGUCUCAGUUUGAAUACUAAGGGUAGUAUGUGCUCGGAAGAUAUUUCCUUCUUAUCGGCUGGCGAGGAAGCUAGAGCUUCUAUAGACUUCGGAGAAACAGGAAAGCAUCCCGAGAUUUUUCAGAUAUUGAAGGAAUCUUUACUAAAGGCUUAUAAGGUUAUGGACAGAGAACUGAGAAUUUAUGCAAAUAUUGAUUGCUUCUGCAGUGGGACAACGGCAGUGACUCUGGUGAAGCAGGGUCAGGAUCUUGUAAUUGGAUAUAUUGGGGACUCGAGAGCUGUAUUGGGUACAAGAGAUCAAAAUAAUUCACUUACUGCAGUACAGUUGACUGAUGAACCUGAUGUUGCAAGAGUGUGGCUGCCAAAUAAUGACUCCCCUGGCCUUGCAAUGUCUCGUGCAUUUGGAGAUUUCUGUCUCAAGGACUUCGGUCUUAUCUCUGUGCCUGAAAUUUGCUAUAAACGUAUUACUGAUAAGGACGAGUUUAUAGUCUUGGCAACAGAUGGGAUUUGGGACGUGCUAUCAAACAAAGAAGUGGUAGACAUUGUGGGUUCUUGCCCCACGCGUUCAUAUGCAGCCCGCACUCUAGUAGAGUUGGCUGUUCGGGGUUGGAAGCUCAAGUAUCCAACUUCUAAGGUUGACGACUGUGCUGUAGUUUGCCUCUUUCUUGAUUCAAACUCAAACGACUCAACUAUUUCGACUGCAAAAUCCAAGAAAAAUGUUUCUCCAGAGGAUUACUUUAACAAGAAAGAUGAUUCUCUCUAUCCAACUGAAUUUAACCGUUCUGGUACUGUUAGAACUAGUGAACAAGUUCUUGGAGAAGAAAAUGAAGAGGCUUUGGAAGCAAAUAAGGAGGAAGUCUCCGACCUUGAAGAAACGAACGUGGAGGCUGGAAAAGAGUGGUCCGCUCUCGAAGGAGUCGCUCGUGUGAAUACAUUAUUGACCUUGCCCAGAUAUGUCCCGCCCAAAGAAUAG